AUGGCCUCAAAAUCAAGUCGAGUUUGUCGAUUGCUUCUGAGUCGAGUCAUCCCCAUGUAUUCAAAGCGAUCUUUGGUAACUACUCCGACAACUAGUAGUACUGCUUUGCUUGUUCGAGAAGCAAUUCGACAAGCUUUGGACGAAGAAAUGACUCGUGACAGUCGAGUUUUUUUAUUGGGCGAGGAAGUAGCACAUUAUGAAGGUGCCUACAAAUGUUCAAAAGGUAUUCUUCACAAAUACGGCGAGAAACGUUGCAUUGAUACACCCAUUUCUGAAAUGGGCUUUGCUGGAUUAGCGGUUGGGGCAGCUUUCUUGGGCCUUCGUCCAAUCUGUGAAAUGAUGACUUUUAAUUUCUCUAUGCAAUGCAUUGAUCAUAUCAUUAACAGCGCUGCAAAAACUUAUUAUAUGUCAUCUGGUCGAGUUAAUGUACCAGUUGUAUUCCGUGGACCGAAUGGACCAACGCCUGGUGUUGGUGCGCAGCAUACACAAGAUUAUUCGUCGUGGUUUGCGUUUUGUCCCGGCUUAAAAGUUGUCAUCCCAUAUAAUUCAGAAGAUGCAAAAGGACUCUUAAAAUCUGCAAUUCGAGAUGAUAACCCAGUAGUGGUGCUGGAAGAUGAAAUUUUAUACGGCCGGUCGUUUCCCGUGUCACCCCAAGUAUUAUCACCAGAUUUUAUAAUUCCGAUUGGAAAAGCGAAAAUCGAAGUUCCGGGAAAUGAUGUCACCAUUGUUUCUUACGGUAAAGCGAUGACCCAGGCGUUUGAUGGGGUUGAAAAGUUAGCCAAGGAAGGAAUUAAAGCAGAGUUGAUAAAUUUGCGCACCUUACGUCCAAUGGACAUUGACUGCAUCAAGAACUCAGUGAAGAAAACACACCAUUUAGUAACCGUAGAAGUUGGAUGGCCAUUCUGUAACAUUGGUGCCGAAAUUAAUAAUUGUUGGCUUAUUUUCAAAUUUUGGGUGACUGAAUCGGAUGUGUUUGAUACCUUAAAAGCACCAAUCCAGCGUGUUACUGGUGUGGAUAUCCCAACUCCAUACGCAGAAGCUGUGGAACCAUAUGCUUUUCCAACUGGGGAUCAUGUUGUUAAGGCAGCCAAGAAAAGCUUGAAACUGUGUUAA